AUGGACAGUACCUGCCACAACGCGACUGCCAAAAUGUUAGCUACUGCUCCGGCCCGGGGCAACAUGAUGAGCACCUCCAAACCCUUGGCUUUCUCCAUCGAACGAAUCAUGGCGCGCACUCCCGAGCCCAAGGCCCUGCCCGUCCCUCACUUCCUGCAGGGAGCCGUGCCCAAGGGGGACCCCAAGCACUCUCUGCAUCUUAACUCGUCGAUCCCCUGCAUGAUCCCCUUCGUGCCUGUGGCGUACGACACGAGCUCCAAGGCCGGCAUGGCUGGCUCGGAGCCCCGGAAGACGAGCCUGGAGGCUCCGGCGGUACCGGCGGCGGCGCCCGCAGCGCCCGCGUUCAGCUGCAGCGACCUGCUCAACUGCGCGCUAAGCCUCAAGGGCGACCUGGCCCGCGACGCGCUGCCGCUGCAGCAGUACAAGCUGGUAAGGCCGCGCGUGGUCAACCAUUCUUCCUUCCACGCCAUGGGAGCCCUGUGCUACCUAAAUCGAGGUGAUGGCCCGUGCCACCCGGCGGCCGGCGUUAACAUCCACCCGGUGGCCUCCUACUUCCUCAGUUCCCCUCUGCACCCUCAGCCAAAAACGUAUUUAGCUGAAAGGAAUAAACUGGUGGUCCCGGCGGUGGAGAAGUACCCCUCGGGAGUAGCUUUCAAAGACUUGUCCCAGGCUCAACUGCAGCAUUAUAUGAAAGAAAGCGCCCAGCUUCUGUCGGAAAAAAUCGCUUUCAAAACCUCUGACUUCACCCGAGGCUCUCCUAAUACCAAGCCCAAAGUUUUCACUUGCGAAGUGUGUGGAAAGGUCUUUAACGCACACUAUAACUUAACCCGUCACAUGCCAGUGCACACAGGAGCCAGACCCUUCGUUUGCAAAGUCUGUGGAAAGGGCUUCCGGCAAGCCAGCACCCUGUGCAGGCACAAGAUCAUUCACACCCAGGAAAAACCUCACAAAUGUAACCAGUGUGGCAAAGCAUUUAAUAGAAGUUCCACUUUAAACACACAUACCCGAAUACACGCAGGCUACAAACCAUUUGUGUGUGAAUUCUGUGGCAAAGGAUUUCAUCAAAAAGGGAAUUACAAAAACCACAAGUUGACCCACAGCGGGGAGAAGCAGUUCAAGUGCAAUAUCUGCAACAAGGCUUUCCACCAGGUUUACAAUCUCACCUUCCACAUGCACACUCACAAUGACAAGAAGCCCUUCACCUGCCCCACGUGUGGCAAGGGCUUCUGCAGGAACUUUGACCUCAAGAAGCACGUCCGCAAGCUUCAUGACAGCAGCCUGGGGCUGGCCCGCACGUCUGCUGGGGAGCCCGGCACCGACCCAUCGCCCCCUCUACAGCAGAUGCCGCCUGCGACCUUGCCACCUCUUCCACCACCGCUGCCACCCCCUGGGCCCCUGCAGCCUGGGCUCCACCCGGCCCAUCAGUGA